CCUGCAUGGUAAAUCUAAGAGAGAAGUCUAUCAUGUCUUUGCUGUCAAUAGUAGCUGCUAUCUAGCGUCAGUGUGCCUCAGACAAGCAAGAAACAAGUGCAAGUUGACCUCUGGCAAGCAUGGAGCACUCAUUACCAGAAUUCACAGAGCAAAACAAUGCCAUUGGCUACCUGAAAGCAGGCGACAUAUUUACUCCCCUGACAAACUUCACUUUCAAGUUUGUUUGCAGAGUUUCGUCACCUUUUGAAAGUGAUGACAACACAGAUUACAGUGGCUUCAUUGUGGAGGUGAAGGCCUCUGGAACAGACGACAAGGGGGUUUGUUUUCUUCCCUGGCAUAAAACCCACCAAAAAGGCUUUAACAUUGCUAAAGAGUUGGGCAGUGCUGUUCCCGAGAAAUUGUUAAUGUCUAAGCUUAAAAGCAGUCAGCUCACUGACAUCUUCUGGAACAAGCUUGUGGACUUCGAAAAUGACCCUGACUAUUCUCGAAGAAUCAGAAAAGCAAUUGUUGCACUAGGAAGGCAGCCUGAUAGUGAGAUUAUUGUUCUCAGUCCUUAUGUCCAUGUGAAAGAGGACGGUGAGAUCAUACCACUUCGAGAAUGCACUUACGUAUGGGUCGAGAGUGUAAUCAAGAAAGAAGGAGUAGUUCCAAGCGGGGUACAGUUUUACAAGACACCCCCUACCAUCCCUACUCCUGAUAGGCCAUUGGAUGUACUGUUAUGUGGCCUGCGUGAGCUGACUCAGAGCAAUUUCUACUCUGCUGUCUUUGUGUUAGGCUCUGUGGCUUCCUCGUUGUUUUAUGAGAAGCUACAAGCAACUUACGGGAGUUUUGGUGUCACAAUGGUUGUGGGAGAAGUAAACCGUGGUAAAACCAAGAGUGUGGAGCUCUGUCUAGCUGCACUAGGAGUCAGACAUGCUCGUUUUUCUUCCAUCAGUGAUGCUCUCUUACGGAAGUUGCUUCAUGGUGGUAUGCCGUGGUGUUUUGACGACCCUGACACGGCAGAGCAAGUUAUGAAGAUCCUGCUGACAGUCUUCGGUGGUAAUACAACUGGUAAUGCACUGUCAAGUGGCUCUUGUCGUGUGUCUCCUCUAGUAACAGCCAAUGUGCACAUUUUGGAUGCUCUAUAG